CGUAGCCACUGGAAAGAUACUACUAAGGCUUGUUAGAAAGGUGAACUAUCACAGCAAGUAUUGUAUACAGAAAUAUACUAGUUUUAUUUAAAAUGAAAUUUGGGAUGUUUUACUUGUAUUGCUGGCAAAACAGUAGCAACAAUUCUUAACUUUAAUUUUCAUUUUUCUUUCUUUGCUGUUUUUAGCCUUACACAUAUUAUUAAGCUUUCAAGAUUAGAGUAAGAAAUAUGCUCAAGGUAACAACUUACAAACUUGGCACGGUACUAUUACUUCUUAAUUCGUGUCUCCUUAACAUCUCCAGUAGGAUCUGGAAUUUAAUUCAGAAAUAUAGUUUCCCACACUUCGGUAGGAUAUUAUUCUGGCAGAUGUGUCUUACUAUUUAAACAUGGAUAUAAUAGUUAUUUUUUAAACAUAGUUUUCCUAAGUUUUUAAAAUUAAAUUUGUACAUUCCCAUGUUCUUAAAAUGUAGCCUAUUAAUUUAAUCUGAGUGAGUAAGUCUGUAUGAUUUUAUUUGUUUGUUUAUUGUUUUUGAGACAGGGACUCUGUGUAGCCUUUACUAUCCUGAAGCUAGCUACGUAGAAGACCAGGCUGGCCUUGAAUUCCCAGAGAUCCACCUGCCUCUGCCUUCCUGGUGUUUGGAUUGAAGGCCUGUGUCACUAUGCCUGGCAACAAUUUUAUCUUUGCAUUGGGGGUUUUCAAAAAAUAAAUUAUUAGUUGCAUUUCUAGAAAAAUAGCAUUUAUUAAAGAGCAGAGAGUGGAAGUCUGAGAGAAGGGGUAAGGUUUGAGUUCAUUCAAUUCAUGUGAAUCGUUUAACCUCAACUUGUAGUUUCUUUAUUUAUAAACUGAAAAUAGUCUUGAUAAAUUAAUUCACAGGUCACAAUGUGCUAAUGUAUUUGAUCAUGCUUUGUUAAAUUUUAUUCCACCUUUGUCUUUUAUUGGUGGUUUAAUUCUAUGUUCACUGCCCUUUUUGUGAACAAAGCAUGGGCUGUUUUAAUUAAAGAACCUUGGAGACAGCAAGCCUCUGAUAUGUCACUUACGUAAAAUUAGAAUUUUGUUAAGGAGGAAGUAGGGCAUAGCUAGCAACUAACAUUCUUUGUCCUCUUGCUCUUAUUAUACAUGAUUGUCAUUGAAAAUUUAAGUGAAAAUUAAUUGGGUUUUAAAAGGAGUCCAGCCAUUAAAAGGAUGUGUACACACCUACAUGCACACACUUUUCUUUCCUUUUUUUCUGAGACAAGGUCUUGAUGUGUAGCCCUGACUAGUCUGGAACUCACUAAGUAAGCUUGAACUCAAACAGUAUUAUAUGUAAAUAUAAUACAAACUUAUUUUGCCAGUGCUUAUUCUGAAAUUUCUUGAAAUUUCUGCUUCAUUUCAGAGGAAAAAUUUCACUUCUCUGUGGUUCUGACUUAAUAAUCAUUUAUCUCAAAGCAUUAGCAAAUCCCAUUGACAAGGACAUGAUAUUAGUUAAAAUUAGUUAUCACUUACUGUAACAGGUAAACUUUACUUAGCUAAGUCUGUAAAAUGAUGUUUGAUUAUCUGGAUUCCUUCCUUGCAUUCAGUAUAUUCAGUGUAUUUGCAGUCCUUGGGUCUACCUCAGUAAACUGCCCACAUGGCUCUCUCAAAAUACACUGCUAAUAGACUGAAUGGGGAUCACCAGUAGAGUACGUGACGGGUAUGUGUGGGGCCCUGGGUUCUGUCUCCAGCAUUGCUAGAAAAUAGUAGCAUAAAUUUGAAUCAUUCUAGGGGGAAAAUAAAAAACACAAAAGAAAUGAUUGAAAAUCUAUCAAAAGAGGAUUUGUGCUAAGACCAGCCCAAAAUCAUAAAGCAUAAGACUGGAAGAACUUACUUGGGUCUGGAGCCAAGCUCUCAAAGUAUAGUGAAGACUUUCCCUAGCUCCACACCACUGGAGACUCUAGAGAGCCUGGCCAUGGCUGCAAGUUUCAGGAGGCCUGGCCAAGCAGGAGAAGUAACAAAGUAGAACUCAUAGGGUUGAAAUCAUACACUUGAAUUUUGAAUUGGCAUAUUUCUGGACAUGACUGUAGUGUAUUUGUGUUUCUUAAACAUUCCUUUUUUUUUUUCGCACAUGAGUGUUUUGCCUACAUGUAUAUUUGUGCACCACAUGUACUCUUGGUAAGGCUCAGAUCCCUGGGAAGUAGAGUUUCACAUACUUCUGAACUGCCACAUGGGUGCUGGGAAUCAAACCCAGGUCAUCUGCAAAGGCAACAAUCAUUCUUAACCACUAAGUCAUCUCUCUUCCAUUACCACCCAAACUUCUCUUUUUGCUUUUUUUUUUUCCCCCCCUGAGACAGGGGCUCAUUGUGUAGGCCCUGACUGGUCUGGAACUUACUAAAUAAACUUGAACUCAAAUGAGAUCUCCUGCCUCUGUCUGCCUCAAGUGCCGGGAUUAAAGAGUGUACCGCCUAUAAAACAUAUUCAUCUUGCACCAUUUUUCAAACUGUUACCUGUAUCUCAGAGCAUGAGUGAGUUAUAAUGCCUCUUCUGUACAUACGAAUUGUCAUACAUGCCUUUGCUACUCUGUGUAACAUUGCUAGGGACAUCACUGUACAUAACUUUGUCAGUGUCUUAGGUUUGAUUACUCAGAAUACAUAGUCAUUGAGUUAAGGUAUAAUUCUUUCAAAACAUAAUUUUGUUAUGAAUGUAAUUUGUGUUUAUUAUAGGAAAUGUAAUAAAAAAAAUGUAAAGAGCCAGGUAUGGUGAACUACAGCUAUAAUCCCUACACUCCAUAAACUGAAACAAGAGGAUCACAAAUCCUAAGCCAGCCUAGGCACACACAAGACACUGACUUAACAAAAGUAUAAAGAAGGGAAAAAUUUGUCCUAAAGUCCAAAUAAAAUGGUGGUGAAUAUUUUGAUGUCUUUCUCUAUUUUUUUAUUGAAUUGCCAUAUAAUCUAUUUUAUACUUUAUAAUCUGUUAAACCAUAUCCUUUAUUAUUUAACAACUAAAUAGUUCUUCUUUUAAAAAUUUUUUACCACUUAACAAUUGUUUACCAUGUGUUUGGUUCUGCCAGGCACUGAGAACCAUGGCCAAACAGGUUUUUUGGUUUUGGUUGAUAUUUUUUGGGUGUUGUUGUUCUUGUUGUUGUUUGGGGGGUUGCCUCUGUACAGUUCAUUAGAAACAAUUUUUAAACAACCACUUGAGGAGAGUCAUGCAGGCUCUGUAAACAUCUCAUAACAGGAAGACUUAAGAUGGAUUCCCCCAGGAAAUGAAAGUACUUGGACACCUGGCAGAUCAGAAACCUCUAUUCUUCCUGACUAGAGCUUAAAAGAAUGUGGCUGGAGAGGGAGGCAUAUAUCGUGAAAUGAGGAAGACUGGGCAGGUCCUCAUGCCCCAGAACAUCUACAGGAAAGGAGGAAUCAGGCCUGGCACACAUAUUAAUGUUAACACCUUCUGUGUCCAUACUUGUCCAUUCUCAUAGAUUGUCAGUAGGGACUUGGUGGGUAGUCUCAAUUCAGUGUAUGAGUGCUAAUUCAACAAGUAAGCAAGAAGUGCUCUGGAGCUGGUUUUUGUUUUGUUUCCUUGGGGAUGACAGAGCCCUCAGGGGCAGCCUUUAGUUCGAUGGGAGAUGAUCAUUGUAGUUAUACCUCUUCUCAUUAUACAUCAUCUUAGAAGUGGUUUUCGUACACUUGGAAAUACACCUCUGUAUACUGGCCCAGUGACACCGUGGGUUCUCAGAGUCCUGAUGUUUAUAAACAGAGACAACAGGGCUAACUGUACCCACAGCCCUGAAGCGGGCAAAUGUGUUUUCAAGUGUUAUUUUCUCAUAAAAUUCCUUGCCAGUCCCAAGAUGGGCUGUUAUUUCCUUUCACAAGAUGAGGAAAUGGAGGCUUAAGUAAGUUCCUUAAAAUCACGAGGCAAAUGAAUUAAGAGCUCAUGCUCAGGAGGAAGAUCCUUGCUCUGCACUGCCUUAAUGGUUCCUGCUAGCACACUUCCAGCACCUUCCUCACUCCUCAGUCUGGGCCGCCCCCUCUCUCUCCCCACUACCACACUGCUAGUCAUCUUGCUAGGCAAUGCCUGAGAUGUGGAGAAGAUCAUUGAUGUGCCUAUCUGAUAUCAGCUGUGCUGUUAUGUUGGUAUCCUCUGUACAGUGUAGGAGGUUCCUUACCCAAGCAUUCUGCCACAGGCCACUAGACAAGCUUAUAGGCACCCUAUGAGUUAUUGUCUAUUCCUUGAGUAACUCAAGAUAAAGUAUCUGCAACUUGUAGAGCUGUGAGUCCCUAAUAACAGAAAACUUCUCACCUAAACUAUCCAAAACAUUUAACACAGUGUUGAGAGGAUUCCCAGAACCAGGCCUACUAAAUAGUGAUGCCUCUGUACUUCUUGAUACUAUUAACUGUCUUAGGUUUUCUCCCAGAGUAAAGCACACUGGGGCCAUGUCUUCCACUGUGAACAGAGAGUUUCCUUGGAGAUGACAGAGCCUUCAGGAAGAGUCUUUACUUCAUGGGUGAUGACUAUCAUAGUUUAAUGCCUUUUAAAGACAUCAUUGCAGAGAUGUUCUUUGUGUACUUCUUAGGUCUCCUGGAUUUUCUCUUUGGUCAUUACUUCCCCUUUUAGGUACUCAUUAAAAUGUACUGUAACCCAUAAACUACUGUUUCCUUGUAUUUAACCUUCCUUCCUUUGGCAUUUCCUGCCUUCUUUUCACAGCAUUCAGAGUGAGAAUCAACUUGGCUUGUGUUGAAUGUGUACUAUUUAUAGUGAGUAACCUCUUAUGUGUGGAUGAGCAAGAAGAUGUUGAACUCAGUGAAGCUGUGGCAUUCAUCCUAGCACUGCAGCUACUCCAUACCUACCCACUAGGACACUCUCCUUUAAGUCCUCACCCUGAGGAACACUGAAUGCCACUCAGCAGAGAUAAGCAGAUCCCAUGAGUCAUCAUCCUUUUCCCGUCUUCCUGUUCAGCAGUAUUCUUUUUAUAUUCUUCCAGUCCCUACCUUUGCUCGUAAUUACUUAAGACAUUUAUAUUUCCUAAUGUUAUUCAAUAGACUAAUUACCUCAUGUUCUUACCCAGUGCUUGUUACUGCUGUUGGUUAUAUAGAGAGAGUCUAGCUCAUAAGGAAUGUUUUAUUUUGUUAUUUAUACUUUUGGGAAGGGAACUUAUGCCUAAUAUGUCUUAAAGUUGUUUUGAUGGCUAUAUAAUCUAAGAAUGUCAUCAGACUAUGACCUCUUUCUACAUAAAAAUUCUUAGUUUGGGGAAUCCUGCCCUAAAGAGAAUGUCCAGGAUCCUCUAAAGACAAAGCCCAAAUUUAUUUGAAGAUGGCUCAGGUUAUGAAUUAACAGAGAGUCUUGCUUAACCUCAUUCCUAGUCCUAGACACAUAGAUUCAUUGGUAGUGACUGCUUCUUAUUUUUUCCAGUCCAUCUUUCCACUGAGAAGUAGUAUCCUAAAGAGGUCCAGGUGAUGAGGAGGGUCUCACUCCAAUCCUCUUGUAUUACAGACCACCUCUACUCCUAACCUAGGGCCACACUAGUAAAGUUGCUGCCCUAUAAGUCAUUACCUCUUGUCCCUACACAAAGUGCUCGGUCUACUUUUUGUCCCUAGAAUUUUUCCUUUCCACUGAACUAAAUUAUGAAUUUUAGUGGAUGCUCAAUUCAUAUUAUCUAACAUAUAUAGCUUCCUGACAAAAUGUUUUUUAUUUUUUUUCUAGUGUUCCAUGAUGCCAGAAGUGAAGCAUCCACUGGAAUAUAAAUCGCAGUCUUCCAUAACUCUUAGCUGAAUAGCUCAUGUCACAGGUUAUACUUCUCCUCAGGAAAAGCAAAGGCACUCCACAUAUGUGGUACUUUGGGAGGUGGGGGCUUCUGAGACAAGACUCACUAUAUUUUCUAGCUGGUCUGGAACUCACUGUGGAGUACAGGCUAGCCUCAGACCUUCAGUCCUCCUGACUCAGCCUCCUAGGACACAGCACUAAGCAAGAACCAAAAGUGGUGUGUUGGAGAUUCUGAGCAUUCAAAAUGCAACCAGACAUGUCCUUGGACAAUAUCAAGAUGGCAUCCAGUGACCUGCUGGAGAGUAAAGACCUAGACAGCGGAGGCUUUGGGAAGGUGUCCUUGUGUCUUCACAGAAGCCAUGGAUUUGUCAUCCUGAAAAAAGUAUACACAGGGCCCAACCGUGCUGAGUACAAUGAAGCUCUCUUGGAAGAGGGGAAGAUGAUGCACAGACUGAGACACAGUCGCGUGGUGAAGCUACUGGGCAUCAUCAUAGAAGAAGGGAAUUAUUCACUAGUGAUGGAGUACAUGGAGCAGGGCAACCUCAUGCACGUGCUAAAGACCGAGAUAGGUGUCCCGCUUUCAGUGAAAGGAAGGAUAAUCUCGGAGACUGUAGAAGGCAUGUGCUACUUACAUGACAAAGGCGUGAUACACAAGGACCUGAAGCCUGAAAAUAUCCUCGUUGACCGUGACUUUCAUAUCAAGAUAGCCGAUCUUGGUGUGGCUUCCUUUAAGACAUGGAGCAAACUGACAAAGGAGGAAUACAACAAGCAGAGGAAAGCGAGCAGCACUGCUAAGAAGAACAAUGGAGGCACCCUCUACUACAUGGCACCCGAACACCUGAAUGACAUCAAUGUAAAGCCCACAGAGAAGUCGGACGUGUACAGCUUUGGCAUUGUACUUUGGGCAAUAUUUGCAAAUAAGGAGCCCUAUGAGAAUGUCAUCUGUACUGAGCAGUUCGUGAUCUGCAUAAAAUCUGGGAACAGGCCAAAUGUGGAGGACAUCAUUGAAUACUGUCCAAAGGAGAUCAUCAGCCUCAUGGAGCGGUGUUGGCAGGCAAUCCCAGAAGACAGGCCAACAUUUCCUGGCAUUGAAGAAGAAUUUAGGCCUUUUUACUUAAGUGAAUUUGAAGAAUAUGUAGAAGAGGAUGUGGCAAGUUUAAAGAAAGAGUAUCCAAGUCAAAGCCCAGUUUUGAAGAGAAUGUUUUCUCUGCAGUAUGACUGCAUACCCUUACCUCCAAGCAGGUCAAAUUCAGAACAACCCGGUUCACUGCACAGUUCCCAGGGGCUCCAGAUGGGGCCUGUGGAGGAGUCCUGGUUUUCUUGCUCCCCAGAAUACCCACAAGAAGAGAAUGAACGCAGUGUGCAGGCUAAGCUGCAAGAGGAAGCCAGCUAUCAUGCUUUUGGAAUAUUCACAGAGAAACAGACAAAACCACAGCCAAGGCAGAAUGAGGCUUACAACAGAGAGGAGGAAAGGAAACGAAGGGUCUCCCAUGACCCCUUUGCACAGCAGAGAGCUCGCGAGAAUGUUAAGAGUGCAGGAGCAAAGGGUCGUUCUGAUCCCAGCACAACCAAUCAUAGAAAUGCAGCGCACCAGCUAUCGGGGCCAGCUAGCCAAACACAGGGGCCACUUUGGAACAAUGGAUUAUAUAAUCAGCAUGGGUUUGGAACUACAUGGUAUGGGCAAAAUCUAAGCCAAAUGUAUAGUACUCAUAAAACCCCCGUGCCAGAGACCAACCUACCGGGAAGCACACCUACCAUGCCAUACUUCUCCUUGCCACCAGAUGACUCCAUAAGAUACACCAUAUACAAUAGUUCUGGUAUUCAGAUUGGAAACUACAAUUAUAUGGAUCUUGGACUGAAUUCACUACCACCAAACAACACUUGCAAAGAAGAGUCAGCUUCCAGGCACCAAGCCAUCUUUGAUAAUGCCACUAGUCUGACUGAUAAACACCUGAACCCUAUCAGGGAAAACAUGGGAAAGCAGUGGAAAAACUGUGCCCGCAAGCUGGGCUUCACCGAGUCUCAGAUCGAUGAAAUUGACCAUGACUAUGAAAGAGAUGGACUGAAAGAGAAAGUUUACCAAAUGCUUCAGAAGUGGCAGAUGCGGGAAGGCACCAAAGGGGCCACAGUGGGAAAGUUGGCCCAGGCACUUCACCAGUGUUGCAGGAUAGACCUGCUGAACCACUUGAUUCGUGCCAGCCAGAGCUAAGCCUGGGCAGGCUCUGGCAGUGGGAACCAAACUAUUCGUCUGGUGCACAAACCCUUUUUGCCCCUUGGCCUUCAGAAUUCUAUCUCAGUGUGAGCUCUGCACAUACUGCACAUGGUGUCGUGCAGUUUGGAACUGAUGAAUGGGAAGAGAAAUCUGAAGCCCACAAUGAUUCUUCAGAACAUACAAGCAUGUUGCUGAAUGGUCCAUGACCAGUAGAAGAAAAAAAAAAUUAAAAAUACAGUGUAUUGGGUUUUCAGAGGGAGAGGAGAUGUUGAGGGGAAGAUGGCCUUUGUUCACCUUGGGUCAUAGUCUUCAGUUAGGUUAUUUGCUCAGUUUCCUGUGGUUUCAUUGGGUAGGGGGAAAACAAACAAAAAACAUUCAAAGAAUGUAAAAUCGGCUAGCUUCCCACUUCAUGUACUGCGGGUGCAGUAAAGUUCUGCUCGAAUACCUUCUAUGAGCCAUGGCUCUUCUAAAGAUUAUAGGAUCUGUUAACUUUAGCAUCUACUGCUAUACUGUCACUUUAAGCUUUAAGAAUCAUGUGCAAUUCUAGUCUAUCAGAUUAUCAAUCAAUUUGGAAUUUUUAAGGAGUGGUAAGGAUAAAAAAGUACAGGGCAGAGAGAGAGAUCUUCAGGUACUGGCUGUCAUCACAGAACUGCUGCUGACUGUAAAAAAACUACUUUAAGUUUCUAAAGUUUUUCCUACCAUUCAGGUGCUUCAUGCAGUUUCCCACCCUGCUCACUCCACAGAGGAAAGAGAUGUGCAGGAAGCACUGAUCAGGAAAUACCGUCUCUUCCUUCCUGGAUAUGGCUGCACCUUAACACUGCACAUUGUGCUCAGAAACUGUCGCUUCAGUUUUCUCCAGCGUACUGUAGAAAUAUGUCUCUUCUGUGUGCCAUGAAUUGAGAAAGGACAGCUUCAGAGUCUGCUUGUUGUGCCUGUAGGAAGCCCAUAUGCAACCUUCGAUACGAGUGAGUGAAGGAGCUAGGGUAGAAGACUGAAGCUGCCUACGCCAGCGGCUGGCACCGGCUGGUCACAGGCCAUGGGGUGAAUCCCCUCCAACUUCAGAUACGUAGCACUGCUGGGAUGGGCUGCAACACUGCCUUGGCCUUGUUGGCCAUUCUGGCACUCAUUGGCACUUCAUCCUCCUCUGUUGGGCUAUCCUGUACUCAGCAGGAUAUUUGGGAACAUUCCUGGCCUCCAUCUGCAAGAUGCCAAUAGUACAAGUCAACCCUACAACACCCACCAGGUGUGACAAAAAUAACUAGAUAUUGCUACAAGUCUUUGGAGGGACUCUCCUAUAGCGUUAUCUCCCCAACCCCCACCCCACCCCCAGACAAGGUUUCUCAGUUCUGGCCAUCCUGAAACUCACUCUGUAGACCAGGUUGGUCUCCAACUCAGAGAUCCACCUGCCUCUGCCUCCCGAGUGCUGGGAAUAAAGGCAUGUGCCACCACCACCCAGCUUCCUGCUCUAAGUUUAUAUGCCUUAGUUCUCCUGUCACACAGGCCUGGGUCAUCCUUGACUGCAUAGAGCAUGCACAGUGGAAGGGAAUUGGAGCAGGGGAGGUUCCAGGCUUUCCUGAAGUAGCCUCCAUAGUCUUCAAAUGCUUUUUCUAUUCUAGUGCUGUUUUCAGAAGACAGAAUUAGAAACUACUUUUAGUUUAAUGGAGUUUAGGGGAAUGAAAUAGCAAGAGAGGCCAGAGCUGGUUUUGGAAUUGCAGUAGCAAUCAGGGUCCUAGUAUUAAAACCAUGUCUGUUCGUGUUCGCUAGGGGAAGACCUGUAUAUCCAUUGCUGAUGAUAGGUGCAGCAAGUCCAGGCCCAGAUUCUGACCACAGACUUUCAGAUCUUUCCAGGCCCACCACUGACAGCCAUACAAUGACCUGGCACCUCAAGUUGUGGCUGAACCUAUAUGAACUGAAGGAUGGUCAGUAGAUUAAGCCAUAUACUGUCAUGGUGUGCUGGCCAGUCAUUGGCAGGUUAGACCCAAAGACCGUUAAGCACUUCCAUUUGCUUCAGCUGAAUCAUGAUAACUGAUGACUUUGUAGUCAGGAGUACCUGCUGCGAACAAGCACGUGGAGUGUGGGAGUCCCUCUGGGAGCUCAGCAUGGAGUUAGAACACCUCUUUAAAGCCACCUCCUAAGCCAUGCAGAAUGCUGUAGUCUGAGGUACAAGUCAGGCCUGAGUGUCAUUGUCCACAUCAUGGGAAAAACAAGAUGGCCACCACCAGGACACUGAAGGCCUGAGGAGACUAACCCUGUUUCCAGAACUCAGAGUUCUGUUUGGUUCAUUUUUUAAUAAGAUAACCUUUCUUUUAUAUAUACAUUUGUACUUUAAAUACGGGGUACUGAAUAAAGUUUUGUGGACACACUGCU